AUGGCUUUCGUAAUACCGAUAGUAGCUGGUGUAGCAUUCUCAAUGGCAGCUAGCAAAAUAUAUGCCUAUUUUAAAACACCAGCUCAGAGUCCUCCACCACCUCCAACUCCUGAAAUGACUCAAAAGCUAAUGAUCAAAAAUGCACAAGAAAAAUUGGGUAUGGAUAUUGAAAACCAUUACAAUUUGGCUGUUUGUGGCAAUAGUGGAACAGGUAAAUCAACCUUCAUCAAUUGCAUUCGUAGUGUAAUAGACGUUGAAUACAGUGACGCAUUUGUUUAUAUUGACAGCGGGCCAGCUCCCUCUGGUAUCAAUGAAACUACUAUGAUGCCUACACAUUAUUGUUGGCCAAACAAUGAAUUUCCGUAUCUUAGUAUAUGGGACAUGCCUGGUGGUGGCACACAAAAACAUCCAGGUGAAACCUACUUCGAUGACAAAACAUUAUAUGCUUUCGAUUGUUUGCUAUUGUUAAAGUCUGGCCGUUUCACUCAGUUAGAUACUGACAUUUAUCGAAAAGCUGUCGAGUAUAAGAUUCCGAUAGCGAUUGUUUUGACCAAAGCCGACAAUGACAUAAAAAGUCGAGUGAAGAUAAAAACUGCUGAGCUACGUCGCAAAUUAACAAAAAUCGAAUAUGCCGCACUCAUGGACGAAACGAUUCGACAACUGAAAAACAAUGUAAAAUCUGAACUAAUGGCGGCUGGUUUCCCUGAACCUAACUUGAGCGCUGUGUUUGUUGUGGCAGCUCAAAGUUAUCGCGAUGAAAAACUUGGCUAUCUCGACGAUAUUGAUUGUCCUCCAUUAGAAACAGAAAAAUUAUUUCUUGCGUGUUGCCAUAUCGCAAUUUAUCGCCGAAGUAAUGCAUAA